AUGACCGUAACAACUAGAAAGAGGAAAAUUAAACUAGAAAUAGAGGACUCUUUAGAUCCAGAAGUCAAAAUAGAAUCUAGAUAUUUUGAUAAAAAACUUAAAACGAACUCAGAUUUCGAUUCUCAAUGGAUUCAAUCAUUAAAUAAUAAAAAUUAUUUUGACUGGAUUGCAAAACAAACUGGUAAUAUACCAAAUAGAUGGAAGAUUCCAUUAGAUCCAGCAAUAUUCGAUAGUGAUGAGAACAAGUCUGUCUUGCCACCUCUGUUCAAAUCUGUAUAUUUAAAAUUAAGAGACUUAAGGGGUAAAAUAGAGACACCCGUGGAUACAGUAGGGGGUUCAACGUUACCUUUUACUAUUGGAAAGCAAUGUAAUAUUGAUAAAGAACAAAUUUUACCCAUAAAUUACAGGGUUCAAGUUCUUAUUGGCGUGAUGCUAUCUUCUCAGACCAAAGAUGAAAUGACAGCAAAGGCAUUUUACAAUUUAACAAAAUAUUGCCAAGACGAAUUGAAUUCAAAUCAAGGUAUUACUGUGGCUGCAUUACAACAAAUAGAUGAAAACGUUAUGGAUAAACUUAUCACGUGUGUCGGGUUCCAUAAAAGAAAGGCACAUUAUAUCAAACAAACCGUGGAUAUUCUAGCCAAUAAAUAUCAAGGUGAUAUUCCUACCAAUGACCAGGAGCUAAUGGAUUUACCUGGUGUAGGUCCAAAGAUGACUUAUCUUACAUUACAAAAAGCAUGGGGUAAAAUGGACGGGAUCUGUGUUGACGUACAUGUUCAUAGAUUUUGCCAACUGUUUCAUUGGGUUAAUCCUAAAAAAUGUAAAGAACCAAACCAAACAAGGUUAGAAUUAGAAAAAUGGUUGCCAAUUCAACUAUGGAGAGAAAUCAAUUCAUUAUUAGUAGGGUUGGGACAGAUCAUUGAUAGGCCUAAAAAACAAAGAGUACAUAUCUGUGAAACAGCCUUAAAAGAUGACGCAGAAGCAAUCGAUCUUGUGGAACAUAUGGUAAAUUAUAAAGAGUGGGCAAAUUAUGUGAUAAAAUUAUGUAGAAAUGAGGAAAAGAAGAAGCUUGCAGCAACACCAGCAUUGAAUGAACCAUAUGAUGUAAAAAUUAAACUAGAAGAACCAACAGAAAUAACGAGUUUUGAAGGAACUCCUGUAAAAUUAGAAGACAAUCAUAUCAAACAGGAAGAAGAAGAAGAUAUAAAGUUGUGA